AUGAUCCGAACAAGGUUACCUUCGCUUCCCAACGGAAGUGCUUUACGGGUCUGCAAGUCCUCUACAUCGUCUCCCGUGUUCGGCAGCUCGCGCUACACAACACACCAUGUACGGUUUGGUUCUACGCAAGCGGACAUCCAGGCCUCACGAGUACAGGUGGAGGUGACCCAAAAUCGUAAACCACGGCCGGAUCCGGCAACCCUAUCGUUUGGGAAGGUCUUCACGGAUCACAUGUUGACAAUUCCAUGGAAGGCCUCGUCAGGCUGGGGUGCUCCGCAGAUUCAUCCGUAUCGUCCGUUUACGCUCGACCCUAGUGUUGGCGUGUUUCACUAUGCUCAGUGUCUCUUCGAGGGUCUUAAGGCCUACCGGGAUGAGACAGGAAAGGUUACACUCUUCCGACCUGACAUGAACAUGAAGCGGAUGAACAUAAGUGCUCAACGCAUUGCAUUACCGGCCUUCAACGGAGACGAAGUGACCGAACUCCUGAAGCAGCUUAUUCGGUUAGACAAGGACUGGAUACCAAAUGUUCCGGGGUACAGCCUGUACAUUCGACCCACUAUGAUUGGGUGCCAGCCCGCCAUUGGUAUCUCUCCGCCGAGUGAAGCACUUCUGUUCGUAAUCUGCAGCCCUGUCGGGCCGUACUACCCCGAAGGCUUCAACCGCCGGGCUGCACCAGGGGGUGUCGGUGCUUACAAGCUUGGUGCAAACUAUGCUCCCGGGUUGGUGGCCCAGAAAGAGGCUGCCAAGAAGGGCUACGUCCAGAACCUGUGGCUGUACGGCCCCGAGCACCAGGUUACUGAGGUCGGUACCAUGAAUGCCUUCGCAGUGUUCAAGCGUCCCGAUGGCACGAUCGAAAUUGCCACGCCUCCGUUGGAUGGAAUGAUCCUGCCCGGCGUGACCCGCGACUCUGUGCUUAACAUAGCGCGGGACCACAUAGCUGGGAAAUACAAGAUCGCAGACCUCCCCGACAAGCUUGCCGUCUCGGAACGCCAGAUGACGAUGCGCGAGGUCAAGGAGGCUGCUCAAGCCGGCAACCUGGUCGAGUUCUUUGGAACAGGCACUGCGGCUGUCAUUAGCCCCGUAGAUAGGAUAGGCUACCUCGGCGAGGACAUCCACAUCCCAACUGGGCCUGACGGCAUGGGGCCUAUCUCUCGUCCCAUUUGGCAGCAGCUGGUCGGCAUCCAGACGGGCACCAUCCAGCACCCUUGGAGUGUUGUGGUCAUGGAAUAG